GGACCCGCGGGCGGGCGGGCGGCGCGGGAGAGGGCGGGCGGAGGCAGCCAGGCCGGCCGGCCAGAGCGUGUGCGCCGCCCGCGGUCCGGUCACGUCCCCCCGCGCCUGUGUGCUGGCCCGGCGCUCGCUCGCUCGCUCGCCGCCUCGCGCCAUCCCGGCGCUCCGCCCGGAGCAGCUGAUGCCCGGUAUACCGCGACCCUGCUGAGGUGAAGGGACCGGAUGCGUGGCCAGGCGCCCGAGGCAGGGGGGCCACAGGGAGUGCACGCCCUCCAGCCGCGCUUAGCAGCAUCGCCACAGCAACCAGCAGGCAGACGGCAGCAGCCUAGGCAGGCGCUCAGGGGCCAGCAUUCCCCCACCCCGGCAGCGACAGUGGCAGCGGCAGUGGCGGCCAAGCGCAGGGAAUGACUGCUACAAAUCAGGCCACGUUGCUGCCCAGGGAGGUGGAGUGGCGCUAGAAAGGAGGGUGCGGCCACCGCCCCACAGCACGGAGCGCCAUGCCGGCUGGAGAAGACGUGCUGGGGCAGGGGCUGCAGCGUGGCACCUCCCAGGCCCCCCACCAGCACUGAGCACCCUGAGGGCAGCCGGCUCUCCUUCGCUCCACCGGUCACAUAGCGGCCUGCACUGUAGUGUCCCCCUGCUGUGGUGGAGGCAGAGCAGGUGAGAGGGAGAGGUGCCCUGCCCCGUGCCCCCCCCUUCCCACCCUCCCCCUGACAUCUGGGCCCCGCCACUGCCAGACCAUGGGAUGUCGGCAAAGCUCAGAGGAGAAAGAGGCAGCGCGGCGGUCCCGGAGAAUCGACCGCCACCUGCGCUCCGAGAGCCAGCGGCAGCGCCGCGAGAUCAAGCUGCUCCUCCUGGGCACCAGCAACUCGGGCAAGAGCACCAUCGUCAAGCAGAUGAAGAUCAUCCACAGCGGCGGCUUCAACCUGGAGGCCUGCAAAGAGUACAAGCCCCUCAUCAUCUACAAUGCCAUCGACUCGCUGACUCGCAUCAUCCGGGCCCUGGCCGCCCUCAAGAUCGACUUCCACAACCCCGACCGGGCCUAUGACGCCGUGCAGCUGUUCGCACUGACGGGGCCGGCCGAGAGCAAGGGUGAGAUCACCCCGGAGCUUCUCGGUGUCAUGCGGCGGCUGUGGGCCGACCCUGGGGCACAGGCCUGCUUUGGUCGCUCCAGCGAGUACCACCUGGAAGACAACGCCGCCUACUACCUGAACGACCUGGAGCGCAUCGCUGCGCCCGACUAUAUCCCCACCGUCGAGGACAUCCUGCGCUCGCGGGACAUGACCACGGGCAUUGUGGAGAACAAGUUCACCUUCAAAGAGCUCACCUUCAAGAUGGUGGACGUGGGUGGGCAGAGGUCGGAGCGCAAAAAGUGGAUCCACUGCUUCGAGGGCGUCACGGCCAUCAUCUUUUGCGUGGAACUUAGCGGCUACGACCUGAGGCUGUACGAGGACAAUCAGACGAGUCGAAUGGCAGAGAGCCUGCGGCUGUUCGACUCCAUCUGCAACAACAACUGGUUCAUCAACACCUCACUCAUCCUCUUCCUGAACAAGAAGGACCUGCUGGCUGAGAAGAUCCGGCGCAUCCCGCUCACCAUCUGCUUCCCCGAGUACAAGGGCCAGAACACGUACGAGGAGGCCGCCGUCUACAUCCAGCGGCAGUUCGAGGACCUGAACCGCAACAAGGAGACCAAGGAGAUCUACUCACACUUCACCUGCGCCACCGACACCAGUAACAUCCAGUUUGUGUUCGACGCCGUGACAGAUGUCAUCAUCCAGAACAAUCUCAAGUACAUUGGCCUGUGCUGAGGCACCGGGGCCGCGGCCCACCUGCCCGGGAUGAGACCAGUUACGGGGUAUCACACCCCAAACCCGUGCUAGAGAAGCCCCCCACCAAGGGCAGAGGCCUGGGGAGCCUGGGGAGUGGUCCCCCCUCCCUGGCCCCCUGUCUCCACAAACAUACAUAUAUACAGAUAGAUCACUAGGUAAACACACACAUGCACACGUCCACACGUUGGAGCAGAUGAAGUUCUUGAAAGCGUCCAGGUGUCUCGCAAACUCCGGGAGACUGUCCCAAGUCCACCACUAACCCAUCCUGCCCCUUCACUUUGCCUUCCUGAGCGGGACUCCUCCACCUUCCGGGCGGAGGUCCC